AACGAGUGCGCGGCAGAGCCCCACCCGGCUCACGUUGUCCAAUGAGGACCCAGGAACCAAGCUUGGGGCGGGGCAUGGUGCGUCUUUGAAACUGAGGCGCCAGCUGCAGGAAGAUGGCGGCUAGGCCGCGGAGGCAUCGCUCGCGCUUUGCAAAACAGCCGCGGGGUGACUUUUGUGAUGGCGCUAAGAAGACGAUUGAUGAACCUUCUCUUACGACUUCCAUGGAGUGGGACACGCAGGUGGUGAAAGGGUCUUCGCCACUCGGCCCCGCCGGGCUGGGGCCGGAGGAGCCGUCCGGCCCGCGGCUGCCAUGGUGGCUGCAGCCCGAGAGAUGCGCUGUGUUCCAGUGUGCGCAGUGCCACGUCGUGCUCGCUGACUCUGUGCACCUCGCCUGGAACCUGUCGCGGUCCCUUGCAGCCGUGGUCUUCUCCAGAGUCACAAAUAAUGUAGUUUUGGAGGCUCCCUUCCUAGUUGGCAUUGACGGUUCGCUCAAAGGCAGCACGUACAACCUUUUAUUCUGUAGUUCCUGUGAGAUUCCCAUUGGUUUCCAUCUGUAUUCUACUCAUGCUGCCCUUGCUGCCUUGAGAGGUCACUUCUGCCUUUCCACUGACAAAAUGGUGUGCUACCUCUUAAAAACAAAAGCCGUAGUAAACGCAUCUGAGAUGGAUAUUCACAACGUAUCUCUACCAGAAAAAGUUGCAGAGCUGAAAGAGAAGAUAAUGUUAACGCAUACUCGCUUAAAUUUACUCAUCAAGAUUCUGAAGGAAGGGACUCCUGACCAGUCCAAGCCAACAAACUGAUCCAGAAUCAAAGCUUGAGUAUCAUGUUCAGGCCUUACUGCUGUCUUCAACAACAGGUGCUGUUUGAUCACCUCUCAAGAAAGUUCAGUUUCAAGGAUGAAUGGGAAAUGUGGUUUAUUGUUUACCUCUAGACUGAUUUUCCAAGUGAUUUGUGAAGCUGUUUCUGGAAGAUGAGAAACUAAGGAGACUUCUGUUCAGAUUUCAUAGUUAUCUGUCUUAAGAAUUUAUUUUAGCUUCUUAUCAAUUUCAUAAUAUUUAUUUCGGAAAACAUUUUGACUGCAAAUUUAGGGAUUAAGAGGCAAUGUCCCAUGAGUGCUCUGAUCUAAAGAUGCAUGUUUGGCCUGAAAAUAGCGUUGUACUUAUGUUGACUAUUAUUCCUACAUGGAGCAACUGUCAUGAAUACUGAGAAAUCAUUUUUUUCUUAUGUGAAAUACGGGUACAUACAUUUUCUGUAGGUUAUGUUCAGUAAGUUAACUGCAUAAUAUAUAUUUAUCGUUCCCUU